AUGAAGUUCUCCAUCACCGCUGCUGUCCUUGCCUUCGCUGCCACCGUUGUGGCCCUCCCCGGCUCUCCCUCCGCUGGUGAUGGCAACGGCCCUGGCUUUGCCAACGGCAACGGCAACAAGGGCAACAGCGACGUUCGCUUCCCUGUCCCCGAUGACAUCACCGUCGAGCAGGCCGAGGCCAAGUGUGGUGACCAGGCUCAGCUCUCUUGCUGCAACAAGGCCACCUACGCUGGUGACACCACCGACGUUGACAGCGGUAUCCUCGCCGGUACCCUUAGCAACCUGAUCGGCUCUGGCUCUGGCGCCGAGGGUCUUGGUCUCUUCGACGGCUGCUCCAAGCUCGGGGUCCAAGUCCCCAUCAUCGGUAUUCCUAUCCAGGAUCUCGUCAACCAGCAGUGCAAGCAGAACAUUGCUUGCUGCCAGUCGUCUCCUUCCAGCGCCGAUGGCAACCUCAUCGGAAUCGGCCUUCCCUGCAUUGCCCUCGGCUCCAUCAUCUAA